GUUAAUAUUUUUUCUAUGCAUACCAGUGGGUUGUCUUAUUUAACUUUUCUAAUUACUUCUAGAUGGGCUUCUGCUCGAAAAUCUGGCAUGACUGUUUUGGGCAAAGUUCCGAAGCCCAUUAACUUACCUAGUCAAAGGUUGGAAAACAAUGGUCUGGACCCAAAUGUGGAAAUUGUUCCAAAGGGUACUCUCACCUGGGGAAGCAGACCAUCUUCGGCAGUGCCAAAUGCAUGGAGUUCAUCUUCUCUAUUAUCACCUAAAACUGAUGGGAGUACUGGUUCACCAAGCCAUACUAGUGGUCGCCCCUCAUCUGGGGGAAGUGGCACACGACCAUCUACUGCUGGUAGUGAUAGAUCCCAUGAGCCUCCAUCUAAUGCGUGGGGUCCAAAUUCACGUCCAUCAUCUGCAUCAGGAUUAUCAGCAACAAAUCAGACAUCUAUUGUUGCAACUCGCCCUCGAAGUGCAGAAACAAGACCAGGAAACUCUCAAUUGUCUCGCUUUGCAGAAAAUUCAGCAGAUAGUACAGUUGCAUGGGGGUCCACUAGAACUACUGAGAGAGUGGGGCCACCAACAUCCAAAACUAAUGGGUUUACUUUGAGUUCUGGAGAUUUUCCAACACUUGGCUCUGACAAGAAUUCCGAGUCGCAUAGUCAGCGAGGUCAUAGUUCUCAAGGGCAUUGUGCUUCUGCUUCUGAUACUGAUGCAGCACCAAAAGAAAAGUUGGAAUCUCCUCUGUCUGGGGAUGCUAAGAUAGCUGCAUUUUCAGAGCAGGAAAUUAUGAAUACACAAAAGAAAGAUAAUUAUUUGUAUGUUGGUGGAGGGCCCCCACUAAACAUGAACUGGCAGAUGGAACCCCAGCAUGCACAGCAAUAUCCUAGCUUAAACAUGACGGCUCACCAGUUUGACUCAUGGCAUGGUCCUCCACUCCACUCUCCUGAUGGAAUUUGGUAUAGAGGAGGGGGGCCAGGUGGUCCAUACAGACCAGCAAGCCCUCAUGGUGGUUUUGCUGCUGAUCAUUUUGGUUACUAUCCUCAGUUUCCACAAAACACUGAGGCUGUUCCUGGGCCGGGUGCUGGACAGUGUGGAUUCCACCCCAAUAAUGGUGCAACUUAUCGUCCUCAUGUACCCCCUCCCUCAUUCAUGGUUGCCAGUCAUCCUGUUCUCCCAGCUAGGCCUGGAGUUUACCAAGCUCCGGUGCCCUAUGAUGGCUAUCGUGGCAUGCCUCAAGUGGGUUUUUGCGGUUACAGUGAGCGAGAUGUCCCCUUCAUGGGAGUAGCUUGUCAACCAGGUGUUUAUGACCACCAUCCACAUCAAAAUGGCAAUCUUAACCCAGGACAAUUUCAUGUAGGUCGACGUGAUCCACCAAUGGCCAAAGAACGGAUGCAAGCUGAUCGUGCUCAUGGUAUUCAUAAAGAACAGUACAAGGUAUGCCUAAAACAGCGUGAUGGUUGGGAGGAUAAUAAGUUACAAGAGAUGAGGCAAGCUGUAAUAUCUAACCCCCCACACUUUGAUAAGGUAAGCAAGCCAGGUGGUUCCACACAGGAGGAAUGCUGGCACACUGAUAGCAGAAAGGAUGAACAUGCCGCACUUGUGAACACAAAACCUGACUCCGAAGGUUUGUUGAAGCCAUCCCAUGACUGUGAAGAUCAUUCUUCAGAACCUGCUACUGUGGACUUGCAAGAAAAUUCAGACAAAGCAGCUGAUGGUGUUCUGAUGAGGAGACCAGAAACUGCUACUUCACUGGCUCAUGACCGGCAACAAUAUCCUGUUACUAAAAAGAAUGCAGCACUGAUAGAGAAAAUAGAAGGCCUAAAUAAUAAAGCUCGGUGUGCUGAUUGCCACAAUGAAGUUACACCAUUUUCAUUCAGAGAAGAAAAGACAAAACAAUUAAAGGCUGCAACUAGAAAGGCAGAUCGUUCUACAAAAGUAAUCUGCUCUAAUGUUAUUCCCACUGAAAAUGGUCCUUCAUUUGGUAUGGUCAUCCCAGCUUCCAGUGAGGUGAAUUCUUCUGCAAUAGACAAUGACUUCAAAUCAUCUAGUGAUGGGAAAGCUGUCCCUGGGCCAUCGGAAUCACAAAUCAUUGCAGUGGGCAAGUCAGAUUCUUCAAAAUAUGGUGAAGUGGCUCAUUCUCAUAAUUACAGGAGAAAUAAUACAACACGAACUAGAGUUGAUUAUCAUGUUAAGUCAAGAACUAAUAAUCAAGUCGAUGAUGGGUGGACAAAGGAAUCCCCUGGUAAAGAUUACUCAGUGAUAACCGCUGUGACAAAUGGUGAUGGCCUUCGGGUAGGAGUUCCUGAUGACCAUUCUUCUCAAGAUACUGCUGUAAUGGAGUCAGAUCAUGCAAUCAUCAGUGGGUCAUAUACGUCUGCUAUGGAUUCACUUGAUUACCAAACCCAACGUGCUAAAAUGAAGGAGAUAGCUGCACAGCGUGCAAAACAGCUGCAGAAGGAGGAGGAGGAACGGACAAGGGAGCAAAGAGCAAAAGCUCUUGCAAAGUUGGAAGAAUUGAACAGGCGAUCUUUAGUUCAAAGUUCAAAACAGAAGUCAAAUGAUUCUAUACAACCAAGCAUUGAUAUGCAGCAUAACCAGGAUUCUGGGGCUGGUACAGCUCUCAAAAUUGAUGUGACAAACAAUGAAGUGCCAGGUGUUAUGUCAGAGGAGAAUUCUGAUGCACUGAUACAUGAAAAUGAUAGUGAGCUUAGAAAUCUUCCCACACCAGCUGAUUUGCCUUCUGAUAUAGCUUCAGAAGAUCCUGCAAUUUCCCAUGACCCAUCCCCGACACUGAGGCAAGAGAACAAUACUACCGUUGUUGUUGACCAGAAAAUGAGUUCACACGUUCAUGAUAGUAAUAUUUCCAGGCAUAAGCAUAUAAGCUACAGAAGAAAGCAGAGCAUUUCAAUGGAAAAAAACCCAGGUGAGAAGUCAAACACUGCUGGGAAUAUGGAGUGCCGAAAAGAUCUUGUUGAGGUGGCUGUAGAUGCAUCUAAUGAUAGCUUGCCCUAUAAUGAGGGUCCUGUGCACAAGAAGAAAAAUAAUAGGAACUCAAGGAACAAGAACAAGCUGGAGGAGGCUCUGAUGGGCUCCACCACACCAUCUUUAGCACAUACUGAUGGGAAUAUUGAGAAAGGUCCAAGCGAUUGUCAGAAAACUCAUUCCCCAGCAUCAGUGGCGGAAACUCUUGUAGUUCCAGCUCAAAAUUCUUGUGAGAUUUCAGGACCUCAAGUUUCUAGGGAUGUUAUGGUUACAUCUUCCAACAGGUUGUCCAAGUCAACUGAAGAAGCACAUGGUAGGAUUGGCAACCAAUGGAAACCUCAGCCUCCUAGGAAGUCAUCAAGAAACCAGCAAGGUUUCAAGCCUGCAGACAAGUUCCAUGUCAGCGAUGCUGUCAUCUGGGCACCUGUAAAGCCACAAAACAAGAAUGAGCAGCAACCUGAGGAAAUCAGCCAGAGCAGUAUGAUUGUUGCUAGCAGUCAAUCUUUGGGAAAGAAAGAGCAUGAUAUGCACAAUGGUAAGAAAGCAAAGAGGGCUGAAAUGGAGAGAUACAUUCCUAAACCUGUAACCAAAGAAAUGUCGCAGCAACCAAACUGCCAACAACCUUCUCCUUCCCUCGAGCAGGAAGCAUCUGGCGAUAAGUCAGAAAAAUCUGAAUUUGAUUCUAGGAUUCUUGAUAGGGGAGGACCUGAUGAUUUGGCAGUUGGAGAGAUGGAAUUUCUUGCUGAUACCAAGAAUGUUGAGGAGAAUAAGCCUAAUAGGCGUGGCAGAGGACAUGCAUCUUGGUGUCAAAGAAGUUCGGCUGAAUCUACAUCAGCUUUACAGAGUACCGGUGAAGGUUCAGGCUCUUCUGGUGCUGCUAAAGUUAUUCAGAAGCCUUCUGAUCAAGAUGAACUGUUAAAUCCUGACAGACAGUUACAAAAGUUCAAAUCUGAUGGCUGGGACAGUAAUAGUGCUAAAGCAUUGCCAACUGAACUGAUUGCUGCACCUGCUGGUGUGCAGGAUCAUGGAGUAACAAGUAGACAAAGGCGUCAGCAAUUUAAGGUUAACAGAGUUGCAGGAAGUAAUCAUAUCCCUGCCGGAAACAAGGAUUCGCGGACUGGGAUAGAUGAUAAAAGUGAUAUCCAAAAUCCAGCCCCUGGCUUAAAUGAACCUGAUAUAAGAAAUGCUUCGAAGACCGAGAACAAGAUUUCUGGUGGUGAGCAUAUGAAAUCACAUUGGAAGCCAAAAUCUCAUGCCAAUUCUCAUAACCAAGGACAUAGGGGCAGUGGAGGGCAAAAAGUUGCUUUUCAUAGCGGCAGAUCAGACAAGGAAUUUGCUUUUGAAGGCUUUGACGGUCAUCCUUUGCAGGAGGAUAAUGCCCUUACCCAAAAAAAUAGGGUUGGUGAAUGCUAUCAAGAAGCUCAAGGAGACAUGAAGUUUAUUGUAGAUCCAUCAAAACAGCAGACCCAUACCCUAAACCAAGAGGUGCCAAUUAAUGCUGAGCUAGGUCCAGAGAAUGUAAAAGCACAUCAUGAGCAUGAGGUUACUCCAGCGCCAAGACAGCACAAUGGGCGCUUUAAUAGAGGCCAAGAAGCAGUGUAUAGAGGUAGGGAUUCAGGGCAAGAUGCUGGCAGGGGCAGGCAAAAUUUUCUGAUGAAUGGGGAGAGGAGAAAGCAUAAUUCACAUUAUGAGUACCAGCCUAUCGGUUCUUAUGGUAAGCCCAGUGAGUCAUCUCAGUGGAACCCUGAUGUCAGUGAAGAAGCACAGGAGGGUUCCCGGCCUCCAGGAUUGAGGUACAGGGAGCGCAGUCAGAAUCAUUCAAGACGCAGUGGUCACUUCUUCAGGCGGAGUGGUGGUGCUGCAGUUCGUGGUGGUGAACCUAUUAAUAUUGUGGAGAAAGAAUUUUGAAACAGAUGCAGUGUUUGCGUAUGAUUGGCAGCAUGCUGAAAGCCUGGUCAGAGUGACACUCAAGGCAUAGGGGUUCUUUGAGAGCAACAGGCAUGUUUUUUGUUGGCUCGGGAUUUGCAGGUGCUGGAUUUGACUAGUAACUAGCUUCGCUACCUGUACUCCAUGCCAUGCCUCAAAGUGAGAGUUAAAGCUCGAUGGGUUUCUCCACAAGCAGGAGUCUGUUGUUUUCGGGAUUUAGGAUAUUAUGUUGGAUCUGUUUUGCUUCCAUUCCUGAAAUUCCAUGUCAAAUCCUUCUGAAGAUCCGAAUGUCAAAUGAAUUCUGUUGGAGGCAUAUUUGUUGCUGGCUUUGAUUUCACCAGCUAUGUUGAAAUGUGUUGCAUGAGUUCCAACUUGUUUACUGUGUGUCAACUCCUUUAUGUGGAGCCUUGUAGAUACUUUGGGCACCUGAUGAUAGGCGGGACGUCGAUUUUUCCAUUUUCUUUUGACAUGUUGGCCGCUUGCUAUCUCAGCAUGCAAGUAACCGCAGGCGUGUAUCCUGUCCUGCUGCCGCGAGGCUCUUUUAGCAUAUCGUUAUUUUCUCUCUUGCCAUCUCGGUAUGCUUAAUCAGUGCCGGACAAUCAUGUUCUGCU